AUGACUGCUGUUGAUAUGACUGCUAGUAUUGUUGAUAUGACUGCUAGUAUUGUUGAUAUGACUGCUAGUACUGUUGAUAUGACUGCUAGCAAUGUUGAUAUGACUGCUAGCAUUGUUGACAUGACGGCUAGCAGUGUUGAUAUGACUGCUAGCAUUGUUGACAUGACUGCUAGCAAUGUUGAUAUGACUGCGAGCAGUGUUGAUAUGACUGCUAGCAUUGUUGACAUGACUGCUAGCAAUGUUGAUAUGACUGCUAGCAUUGUUGAUAUGACUGCUAGCAGUGUUGAUAUGACUGCUAGCAUUGUUGAUAUGACUGCUAGCAGUGUUGAUAUGACUGCUAGCAAUGUUGAUAUGACUGCUAGCAUUGUUGACAUGACUGCUAGCAAUGUUGAUAUGACUGCUAGCAGUGUUGAUAUGACUGCUAGCAUUGUUGACAUGACUGCUAGCAAUGUUGAUAUGACUGCUAGCAUUGUUGACAUGACUGCUAGCAAUGUUGAUAUGACUGCUAGCAGUGUUGACAUGACUGCUAGCAUUGUUGAUAUGACUGCUAGCAGUGUUGACAUGACUGCUAGCAAUGUUGAUAUGACUGCUAGCAGUGUUGAUAUGACUGCUAGCAUUGUUGAUAUGACUGCUAGCAGUGUUGAUAUGACUGCUAGCAGUGUUGAUAUGACUGCUAGCAGUGUUGAUAUGACUGCUAGCAGUGUUGAUAUGACUGCUAGCAGUGUUGAUAUGACUGCAGUGUUGAGCAGCAGUGUUGAUAUGACUGCUAGCAGUGUUGAUAUGACUGCUAGCAGUGUUGAUAUGACUGCUAGUACUGUUGAUAUGACUGCUAGCGAUGUUGAUAUGACUGCUAGCAUUGUUGACAUGACUGCUAGCAGUGUUGAUAUGACUGCUAGCAGUGUUGAUAUGACUGCUAGCAGUGUUGAUAUGACUGCUAGUAUUGUUGACAUGACUGCUAGCAGUGUUGACAUGACUGCUAGCAUUGUUGAUAUGACUGCUAGUAUUGUUGACAUGACUGCUAGCAGUGUUGAUAUGACUGCUAGCAGUGUUGAUAUGCCUGCUAGCAGUGUUGAUAUGCCUGCUAGCAGUGUUGAUAUGACUGCUAGCAGUGUUGAUAUGACUGCUAGCAGUGUUGAUAUGACUGCUAGCAUUGUUGACAUGACUGCUAGCAGUGUUGACAUGACUGCUAGCAGUGUUGAUAUGACUGCUAGCAUUGUUGAUAUGACUGCUAGCAUUGUUGAUAUGACUGCUAGUAGUGUUGAUAUGACUGCUAGCAAUGUUGACAUGACUGCUAGCAUUGGUGCUAUUAUUGCAAGGGCCUUUCCAGGGGUAACUAUCCGGGGUUACCUAUCCAGAGCGACCACCUGGGUAUAA